ACAUUUCAUUUUAUUAUUCGGGUUUGUUUGAAUAAUCAAAGCAGGUUGGCGGUACAGUGAACGGGCCUCUUUCCUCGUGGGUUAACGUUUUUGAUACUUAAGCGAUGGUUCACGGCAACGAUGUUCUACAUCACAACCACUUCAGAAAAAAAUGGCAAUUUAUGGUGAAAACAUGGUUCAACCAACCAGCACGCAAAGAACGCAGACGACAGGCUAGAAAAGCUAAAGCUCAACGAAUCGCACCGAGGCCAGCUUCUGGUCCACUUCGACCCAUUGUCAACUGUCCUACAUUCCGUUAUAAUAUGAAAGUAAGAUCAGGGCGUGGAUUUUCAUUACAAGAAGUGCGCGCAGCCGGUCUGAAUCCCAAAUUUGCCCGCACUAUUGGGAUAGCCGUUGAUCACCGUCGACGAAACGUUUCUGUCGAAGGAUUACAAAGGAAUGUUGCCAGGCUUAAAGCAUACAAAGCUAAACUCAUAUUGUUCCCUCUAAAUCCAGCAAAGCCUCAAGCCAUGGAUGCAAAGGCCGACGAUAUCAAAAAGGCCACACAGCUCCGCCGACCGGUGCUCCCUAUAACUCAAAGAACAAAACGUUUGAAGGCUCAUGAACCAACAUCGUCUGAACUAAGGUACAGCGCUUUCCAUGCCAUCCGUCAACAUAGAGCUAACGCUCGGCUCUACGGAAAACGUCUGAAAGCACGUCGAGCAGCUGCAGCAGAAUAAUUGUCUUUAAAUAAAUUAUAGUUGGGUC